GGGCAUGAGUUUAUCAUCCACGGGGGUCAUUUUACUGCGCGGGAGUCCGAUCGCCGGCAGUACUAACUUGAAACUUGAACGACGCACACGUCCAAUUCCAUAUUUCAAUUUUAAAUUUGAAUGAAUAAUGCCUGACGCGUUCGAGAGUGCGUAUCCGCUGUCGCCGACGGUGAAUCCGGAGCAGCUUCGCGCACGCGCGAACUCCUCCUCCAAAAAGAAGCGGCCAUCCGUGACGUUCUACGCCGGCGAUGAACCCGUAGAAGUGCCAGAUAAAUCCAUUGUGGGCAUAGACAAGCCGUUGAGAAAGACGUCCAACGACAGGAGUGAGGUUGAGCUGGACACCUACGCGGAGUCUCUCACCAGCAUGCACAGCCGUUGGUUUGACAAACGCGCGGCCGAGCACAGAAUCUUCGUAAACAGAUCGCUGCAUUUGGAGAACAUUAAGUUCUAUGGCUUCGAUAUGGACUAUACCUUGGCCGAAUAUAAAUCGCCACAGUAUGAAACAUUAGGAUUCAAUUUAACCAAAGAGAGAUUAGUAACCAAAGGAUACCCCAAAGAAAUCUUAGAAUUCGAAUAUGAUCCAUCAUUUCCAGUCAGAGGCCUGUGGUUCGACACACUAUACGGUAACCUGUUAAAGGUAGACGCCUAUGGUAACAUUCUCGUGUGCGUGCAUGGAUUUGAGUUUCUUAAACAUUCACAAGUAUACGAAUUGUAUCCAAAUAAAUUCUUGACAUUAGACGAGUCUCGAGUUUACGUAUUGAACACGCUAUUCAACCUGCCCGAGACGUAUCUAAUCGCCUGUUUGAUUGACUUCUUCACUAAUUCCAAGGACUACAGCAGAGAGAAGACGGGAGUGCGCGCAGGAGACCUAGCUAUGUCCUACAAAUCCAUCUUCCAAGACGUCCGCAACGCCGUCGACUACGUCCACAUCCACGGCGACCUCAAACAGAAGACCACAGAGAACUUAGACCUGUACCUGAAGAGGGACGAGCGUCUGCCAAUGUUCCUCUCUAGGAUCCAGGAGAGUGGGGCCAAGCUGUUCAUACUGACGAACAGCGAUUACAACUUUACAGACAAGAUCAUGACGUAUCUGUUCGAUUUCCCGUAUGGCGCGAAGCCCGGCGAGCCCCACAGAAACUGGCGGACGUACUUCGACUACAUAGUGGUUGACGCGAAGAAGCCGCUCUUCUUCGGCGAAGGCACAACCCUACGGCAGGUCGACACAAGGACCGGCGCGCUCAAAAUGGGCCACCACGUCGGGCCCUUGCAUGAGGGACUCGUUUACUCUGGAGGUUCCUGCGACGUGUUCACCGUCCUCAUCGGUGCCAAAGGCAAGGACGUGCUGUACAUCGGUGACCACAUUUUCGGCGACAUCCUCAAGUCCAAGAAGAUCGGCGGUUGGCGCACUUUCCUCAUCGUGCCCGAACUAGUGCAGGAGCUGCAUGUCUGGACGGACAAGUGCCAGCUGUUCGCGCAACUGCAGAGUCUGGACGUGCAACUUGGAGAUAUGUACAAAGACUUGGACUCGAGCACAAAGGAGAAACCGGACAUUUCAAAACUGCGGAUGGCGAUCCGUGACGUUACGCACAAGAUGGACCUCGCCUAUGGCAUGCUCGGCUCACUAUUCCGCUCUGGUUCCAGACAGACAUUCUUCUCAUCACAGGUGGUGAGAUACGCGGACCUGUACGCGGCGUCGUUCCUGAACCUGAUGUACUACCCGUUCUGCUACAUGUUCCGCGCGCCCGCCAUGCUCAUGCCGCACGAGUCCACCGUCGCGCACGAGCAGCGCUUCACCCUGGAGGCGCCUACCAUCGACAGGUCCCGGCACCCGAGCGCCGUGCGCGCCUACAGCGUGGCGUCGGUGGGCGACGACAUCGACGAACAUAGCUCUAACUACUUGGACACUAAGGACGCUAAGGAGGUGCGUCCGCUGGCGGCGAGCGCGUCGGGCGCCAACGUGCCGCACGCGCGGCCCGAGACGCCGCGCCAGCUCACGCACACGCACGACGAGGACUGCUCCGACGACGACGACCAGGCCAAGCACAAAUAAACCCCGGCCCAGCGCUCACCAACACAUCCAACGGUACGGACCGAACACUGAACAGCGAGAACACGCGGGGUCUCGCUCCCGUCGGAAUGGCCGAGCGGCCUUAGGGCCAGUUGCACCGACCACAUUUGACAGACUGAUCAACGUCAGCUGGCGCGCCACUAUGAAACUUUCCAUACAUAAAAAUUUAGCGAACUCUAACGAUACGAACAGUUUGGUGCAACCGACCCUAAAUCUGUCGUAUCCCAAGGGCACAAAUAUGUGGCGUAAUUUUAUUAUAAGGCGGCGAGAGGUCGUGGGAACGGACAGGAGUCACGUCCGGAAUCGAGUGACUUUCGACGUCCGAAUAUCAUUACACAGUAUACAAUUUUAACGUAGACGGAGGAUCACACGUGUCCUACUUUACGUCAGGACGGCCGAAUACGUCUAAGGGUAUUCCACCUAUCCAAUUGCUUUGUCCAAUGUGUAUCGCGACUCACAUUUUGGACAUUACUCCGAGUUUUAGACAGAUGGAAUACCCUUAACGAAUAACUUGAGAGGUUGUGGAAUAUGCAAAUAAUUCCGCGUGCGCGUUUGAUAUAACACCAGUCUCUACAAUCUAACUACAUAAUUAAUACAUAAAACCGAAUUCUUCAAUAUGGUCGUAGUAUGGUAGAGUUUAUGCAGAAGUGAUGCAUCGUUUUCUUUUUAAUACUUACUAACGUUAAAAGAUUUCGAGACUCGUGCAUUGUGCAAUCACUACCAUGCUUAGAUGGUGAUCUCCACAUAUUUCUCAACCUUUUAACCGUAAAAUUGUCUCAAUGUUGUUAAAGAAAAUAGCUCCUUAUUAGAGUUCUAAUUCUACAUCAACUAAUAUUUUCAGAUAUUUAACCACAGACAACUAGAAUAAUAGACAUUCAAAGUGUAUAAAAAAAUCUGUGCUACAUGAGAGCGGGAAACUCUUUUUGAAGCGUCUAUUUAUUUAGUAGUCUGUGACUUUCGAACUUGCCUUAAACACUUGUCAAUCAUUCUAUGUAUAGUGCUUUUAGCUCAACACUGAUAGUCUGAUUAGACUAAUGUAAUUUUACAAAAUAACAUCUCGAAUUACAAACGAUACUUAUGUAGUUAUGUGUAAUGAUUAACCUUUUGAACGCCAAACGGCGCAUCACUGACGCCACGGCGGUAAAAUUUAGUUUUGUGAAUGAAUAAUGCCAACCUAAAAGUGGGGUGUUUUUCAGUAGAUUUUCAUCAAAAAACGAUCGACGUGAAAUGCCGUCAUUGGCGUCGUUGUCACGAUUUUUCGUUGACGUCAAUUGCCGUCUAUGGCGUUCAAAAGGUUAAAAUUAAGUGUCGUUUGGUAAUUCGGUUCGGUUUAAUCCUUUUCCGGGCCGCACCAGUCUACAAGGUUUUCACAAGAAAUCCAAAUAUAUUCCAAUUAAUCCAGCUUUGAUGAUUCAUCUGAAGAUGAUUAUUUCCCGAAAGUGCAAUAUAAAUUGAAUCCUAUAUCUGAAUGCUAAAGUUGAAAUUUUAUUGGCGCGUAUGCGGUCGAUAAAUCGUAUUAUGCUUGGAAAAGGGUUAACAUUUUGACUUGAUUUGAUAUAUAUAUAGUUUGAUAGGUAAAAAUAUUACCUCAUAACAACAAUAAGAGUUAUUUAGUAAAAUAAAAAAUACUAGGGCUUGAUACCUAUUCUAAUUCUGGUGUUAGAAAUAAUUUCAAUAAUUAUUAUCAAAAAUACCCUAAAGUUUGGUCACCUUACUUGUCACUACAAUGAGUGUCGAAAAUUAGUAAUAAGUAGAGUGACCAUGGUUUUAAACACUAUUUGAAAAAAAAGAAAAAAAAAAUCUUUUGUCUCCGUAGCUGUUGUUGCCAUCACAGUGGCGUUCAAUUAUUAUAGUCGGUAAGGGUGAUUCCUUAUUAGUCCGUUUAAAAUUGUAAUUUAAAUAUUUUUUCCCGCAAUGGAAAAGUCUGAUUCUGGUGAUGAUGAUGUAUUGUGAUUUGUAAUAAGUACCCAGUUGUAGUUAUACUGUAAGCUUGUGGGUGCUAUUACGUUAUUAGUUAUAUAAAUAGAUAUUCGACCGCCAUUUGUAUUUUAGCGGUCAACAUUUAGAUUUAGGGGCCAUUUUUUGUGUGAAAGGACUAGUCUUGUUCAUAUUGAUCGCGUAAUCUAAUGUUGAAAUGCUUGAGUUACUGAUGUGUGACGUUUUCAAGCAAAAGGUACCACUUUCUCGCUUACCAUAUAGACGAAAUUUGCUUGUCUUUAUACGAAUACGAAUUAUUACGAAUAACCUGUCAGAGCGUCCUUAUCGCAAGCGUCAAUGUGGUACCUUUUACUUGAGAACGACACAUAUGUAGUUUUUUUACGAGUUUAAAUAGUGUUUAAGGUUAGGCAGUAUUUUAACUCGAGGAUACUUUAGAUUUAUGGCAAAUAACAGCAGUCUUAAGAUUGUAAAAGUGUCAUUAGUUUCAAAAUUACCCAUGAAUUAAAAUGCUUUCCAACCUUAAUAUUGUGAAUGCGAAUUCUUUAAAUAGACGUAGGACAAUAUUUAACCCCUUGAACAAAGGCAAAGGCAAGGCAAACGGUACGGCUAACAUUUGGAAAAAUAUUCCCUAUGCGUGCUGAUUUAACGGGUUAAAUACGAUGUGUGGUUGUGCAAACUUUCCCUGUAAAAAAAAUAAUAGUAAAUACUAGUUUUGCCAGUGGCGAGUAUCGUUACAUUUUUAUGGAACAGGGAUUUAAAAAGUUGUUGAUUAUAGCUGUAAAUAGGAGUUAGUAGUUUCUAUGAGGCUAUAAUUUUAACAAUGUUCUGUUUACCAUACUCGCAUUUCUUUGAUUGCUGCUAUUAAAAUUGUUUUUACAUUUUUGUAAGAUACGAAUUAUUGUAAAUUCUUAGGCCACUUUAUUUAAGCUAAGCUAAGUUUUUGUUAAAUCGUUGACAUUUUAUUUGUGUUGACAUUGCGUUUACUUUAUGUAAUAUUUAAGUUUGAUUGUUUUUUAAGUAAUCUAUAGGAACAAAUAGCUAUUAUUCGAAUGUAGCAUAAUAUUACGUUUAAACGAGGGAUGUUUUGUAUCUAAGGAUAGUAAUUCCACUUUUUACUAAUUACACAAAUGUAGAAAUUAUAGAUCGCAAAAAUAAAUAAAUGGAAAA